AGCGGUCCCGGCUGCCGGCGGCUGCGGCCGAACCGGGUCAGGGGACCCGAGCCCCGGUCACCGCCGGAGAGGGGCGGCCUCCCCUCUGCUGGCCCUACUGGGACCGCGUCUGGGUGCGGUGUCCAGUCCUGGGCUUCUCAGUACAAAGAGACAAGAAGCAGCUGGGGAGAGGCCAGCGGAUGGCACAACGAUGCCGAAGGGGCUGCAGCAUCUCUGCUCAUGAGGAGAGAUUGCGGGAGCUGGGCCCGUUCAGUCUGAGGAGAUUAUGAGCGGAUCUCAUGGAUGCACAGAAAUACCUCAAAGACGGGUGCCGAGAGAUGUUGCCAGACACUUCUCAGAGGUGCUCAGUGACAGGACGAAGAGUUACGGCCAUAAACUAAAGCAUAAUAAGCUCCACCUCAGCCUGAGAAAGAACUUACUUACAUUGAGGGUGGCAGAACACUAGAAUAGGCUGCCCAGGAAAGCCAUGGAGUCUCUGUAUCUGGAGACAUUCAAACCCCACCUGGACAUGUUCCUGUGUCACCUGCUGCAGGUGACCCUGCCAUGGCAGGGGUUGGACUCGGUGCUCCAGAGAUCCCUUCCAACCCUGACAAUUCCUUGAUCCGCGGGUCCCGGCCCUUGCCCAGGGGGCGAGGCAGGAACGCUUCUGCGCGGCUCUUCUUUCCGGGGGAAGCGGCGGGGCGGACGCGGUGCCGGCGCCAUGGAGCGGCGGGCGGAGGCCGUGGAGCGGCUGGAGGGGGUGACACGGGAGCGCUUCCUGCGGGACAUCUACCCGCGGAGAAAGCCAGUAGUGCUGACAGGACUGGAACUGGGCACUUGCACCACCAAAUGGACAACUGAUUACUUGAGCCAAGCUGAAGGAUCUAAAGAAGUAAAGAUUCAUGUUUCUGCAGUGCCACAGAUGGAUUUCCUCAGUAAGAACUUUGUGUAUAGAACUCUGCCUUUUGAUUCAUUUGUGCGAAGAGCAGCUGAAGUCAAGCAUAAAGAGUACUUUCUUACUGAGGAUGAAAAGUACUAUUUGCGAUCAGUGGGUGAAGAUGUUAGGAAGGAUAUUGCAGAUAUCAGGAAGCAGUUUCCUAAUUUAGCAGAAGAUGUUCAUAUUCCAGAGUAUUUUGAGAAGGAACAGUUUUUCUCUAGUGUCUUCCGCAUCAGCUCAGCUGGAUUACAGUUAUGGACACAUUAUGAUGUGAUGGACAACUUCUUAAUCCAAGUCACAGGGAGAAAAAGAGUUGUUUUGUACAGUCCUCGAGAUGCACCGUAUUUAUAUUUAUCAGGUACUAAAUCAGAGGUACUGGAUGUGGAUAACCCAGACAUGGAGAAAUAUCCCCUUUUUGUGAAAGCCAAGCGCUAUGAGUGUGUUUUGGAAGCAGGAGAUGUGUUAUUUAUUCCAGCUUUGUGGUUCCAUAAUGUAAUUUCUGAGGAAUUUGGAGUGGCACUGAAUGUCUUUUGGAAGCACCUUCCUGCUGAGUCCUAUGAUAAGACUGACACUUAUGGAAAUAAAGAUCCCAUGGCAGCCUCUAGAGCUAUACAGAUCUUGGACAGAGCCUUGAAAACACUUGAAGAACUACCUGAGGAAUACAGGGAUUUUUAUGCUCGGAGAAUGGUGUUACGGAUCCAAGAAAAGGCCUACAGGAAUGAUUAUGGAUAAAGCAACACACUGCAAUUCAGCAAGGUUCCUUGCAAGUAAAAAAUUGUAUGUUAGUAUGGAAACUCUCCAUCUGUACUUACAUCCACUUGUUGUGAGACCAAUAAAAACUGUCAAUAAACAUUCUUUUAUAACAAAA